AUGAACCCCGCCUAUUAUCGGGUUAGGGUGCUCCUUGAUGUCUGUCACUCCUUCCUGCUUCCUAUUGCACUAGUGCACCUGGUCUUGUUUUGGUUCGAGCUGGCGCUUCCGCGGAUUCAACUCGUCCUUAUCUACGUGGGAUCCGUUGUGCUCUGCUCUGCAGCGAAAACCUUCUACAACGAUCUCACCCAAUGCCGGGAGCUUCGACAGCAUCUUAGACCGAUUCCAAGGGUGGUCGGUCGGUGGCCCGGGAAUCUGGAUAUCCUUUUGCGAAUGAUGAAAGACUUCAAGACGAGCUAUGUUCUGGACGUCUAUCUGCAGCUGUUCAAAGAGUACCAGUGUACGACGCUCAACCUCAGGAUCCUAUGGAGAGAUUGCCAACAGCACUGCUCGCACCGCUUAUACAUUCUGAGCACCGCACCAUGUCACGUACUGAUCCAUACCACUCUAGAUCAUAUCCAUGGAUCAAGACCAUACCAAAUACGUCCUGGCAACCGGGUUUGGGCGCUUCUGGAGAGGUCAUGCGCAGAAAGAACGAUUGUCCGUAUAUUCGGGAAUGGCACGGUACAUGAGACUCAAGGCUCACAACCUUUUAGGGAGACUUUCCUAGGGAGUGGGAUAUUCAACAGGGACGAUGACGACUGGAAAGAGCAUCGUGCCAUAGCCCGCCCCUUCUUCGCAAGAGACCGGAUAGAAGACUUCGACAACUUCGAAACCCACACCGCCCGUACCUUAUCCAUUCUGACAUCACUCGCCUCCACCCAAGAAGCCUUCGACGCCCAGGAUCUCUACUCCCGAUUUACUCUGGACUCAGCCUCCGAGUUCCUUUUUGGCAAGAACCUUGAUACUCUAUCUCAAUCACGACCUAUUCCAGGACAAACUGUCAUGGGACCAAAAGGGUCCGCAGUGGAGGGAGAUUGGGGUUCGUUCGCAAAGGCAUUCGAAACCGCCCAGAUUAACGCGACGACGAGGGCGAGGAUUGGACAUUGGUGGCCGCUGCUUGAAUUGUUUAAGGAUAAGAACGCGGAACAUGCUGAUGUUAUACAUCGGUGGCUUGAUCCGCUUGUGCAGAGAGCGCUCAAUGAGCGGACUCAGAGAAUUGGGAGGAAGCGCGCUGAUUCCAAGGCCUCCUUGGGAACCAGCUUUCUCAAGCACAUAGCUGAGUGCGUCGAUGACCCCGUAACGAUUCGUGACCAACUGUUAAACAUGCUAUUGGCUUCGCGGGAUACAACUGCCACCGUACUUACCUUCCUCACAUAUCUCCUCGCCACACACCCAGACGUUACCGACCGCUUACGAGCUGAGAUCUUGGAACACGUCGGACCAACCUCCCAUCCAUUCCCCGAUACCCUCAAGCAACUAAAAUACCUACGAGCAGUGCUCAACGAAACAAUGCGCUUAUACCCACCUGUACCCCUCAACAUCCGCGAAACCCGAUCGGCAUCAUGUACUCUUCCCCCAUCCGACCCCACCUACGCAUCAUCCGACACCCGCCCAUUCUACAUGCCCGCUAAGACAAUUAUAAUCGCAAUCCCGCUUUGUGGGGUGAAGACGCCGAAGAAUUCGUUCCCGAACGCUGGAUAG